AGGGGCAAAAGUUGCACGAUCUCGUGCAUAUCCGAUGCUGUCGGCAGACCACACACUACUACUCGCCGCACACCGCACAAAAACUGUCGCAGCAUGGUAAAGUCGGAUGUGAUCGUCAUGACGACGAAGACGACGACAAAGAGACUGCACAGCUCGUUUAGCAUCAGCAGCAUCCUGCCGGAAACGAUGCACGACGACGAUGACGAUACCGAGAACCUCGCGUCACCCGUCAGCGACGACCGCACGCACGACUACGACGUCGCCAACACGAACAUCGAGAGCGACGACAUCGACGUGACGACGACCGACGCCAACGACGACGACGAGGAGGAGAAAUCCGCCGAGCAGGAACCCAGAGAGAAGGGUACCGGCAACAACAAGGACGGUAAGGAGAAGAAGGAUAAGAAGGGCGAGAAGCCGCCAUUCAGUUACAACGCGUUGAUCAUGAUGGCGAUCCGCAGCAGCCCUGAAAAACGCCUCACGCUCAACGGUAUCUACGAAUUCAUCAUGAAGAACUUUCCCUACUACCGCGAAAACAAGCAGGGCUGGCAGAACUCGAUCCGUCACAACCUCAGCCUGAACAAAUGCUUCGUCAAGGUGCCUCGCCACUACGACGACCCGGGGAAAGGCAAUUACUGGAUGCUAGAUCCGAGCAGUGACGACGUCUUCAUCGGUGGCACGACGGGGAAGUUACGGCGUCGCUCCACGGCCGCGUCGCGUAACCGCAUCGCCGCCUUCAAGCGCGGCAUCCCGGGUAUCGACGACAAGCCAAUGUUCUGGCCCAUGUCGCACAUGUACCCGUUCUCGCAGCAACUCGCGACCGCCUUCCGCUACGGAACACCGACAGCCGCUUACCCGUACAGCACGCUCGUGGCGCCCUCACCGUCGCUGGCGCGACCCGUGCCCGCUCACGGCUUCUCCAUCGAUAGACUCAUCAAUGGCGCCGACUCGGCGUCGGCAGCGGCAGCGGCCGCAGUCUCGCAAGCGCACCCGCUGCAGAUGCGCGCGGCAAACUUCCCCGGGUUCAACGGUGCGACGUACACGACGCCUGGCGGACAGGUGUCCGGUUACCUGUACCCACACCUACAGCACCUGCAGACGGCGACGCCCGCCUACGACGUGUACGCGUCGCUAGCGGCGCGCGGACUGACGAUGUCGCCACAGUCGGCGUUCGCAGCCUCCCAGUUGGCUUCGUCUGUAAAUCAGGUGCUGUCGCCCGUGAGACCGACGAUGCCAGUCGACACGCUGUCGGCACUCAAUUACGCCAGCCCCGUACUGGCGCGAAACAGCUGAGACCGUCAGCAGCAGCAGCGACGCACGCGCACGCACGCACGCACGCACGCACGCACAGACGUGGUGGUGCGUUGUUGUUGGCGUGCAUGUAAGAUAAUCUGUUAAUAGUGUACGUAUCAUUAUUAUUAUUAUUACUAUUAUUAAUAUUAUUAUUA